UGGUAAGCGGCACCAAACAAAGUGACGAAGCCAUUCCUUGUAGAGGGUUUUUGAGCAAUGGAAACAAGCGUGCUGAUGUUGAUCCACGGGUUUAAGAGUCAGAAGUAUGCUUGGAGGCUGAACCAACGGUGUCUCGUAUUCAGAAUAGCACGACUCGCCGCAGCGCCAACUUUGCAUCUACUGAAGUCUCCACCAAAUCCGCAACAAGCCCUGUUUUGCUUGAGCCUCAGGGAUGUGUGGGUUUGAACUUAUCAGCUACCGUGAAGUGACAUGCAAAUCGUCACAAGAGUACAUUAGGAGGCUUCCAGGUAGCUCUGAUGGUUAGAUGGAUCUCGGCAAAAUGAUGAGGUCAGGCGAGCCUGCACGGCUUACUGAGACAUCGCGAACAAAGAGAAACUUCGAGCUGCGGCACGCAGGAUCCGUCAGCCAGAACUGUAGUCAUUGACUGCGGGCACAUACGCAGUGCUAUUUCGUGUUGUAUGUCGCCUUUCGUCGACUUCGGAGUAGUCAUAGCAAAGCUAUUGCAUCGCCAUACACCUCAGACAGAACAAUAGAAAGGAACCAGUAGGUGUACUAGUAUUUUUAAGCUUUUCGCUUUUUGCCUCGACGCGAGCAUGUAAGAGCCUGACGGUGUGUGUGGAUGUCGUAAUCCCAUUUUUUUUCCAAUAUUCGAGCACUAAGAGGCCUAAAUCUAUCAACGGUGUCCGCUGUUGGUUGGACGGUUCUGAUACGAUGAUGCAAACGGCAAGGGGGAAUAGAAACAUUUUUUCGCAUUUGUGGCAAGGCCCGGAUGCCCUUCAACGGAAUCGGGUAUUUAAGAAAACGUUGGUGGUGUAUGUUGCGUUCGCCGCUGUAUCGUCUUUGAACCGAAGUAGUGGUUACAUAGGAGGCUCAAUCGCAAUAUGGGAGUCUCACGCUGCAGGGGCUGGAUCGUCAGUGUCCCUGGAGAAACCCGAACGACCUGUAACGCGUGGCGGCCUUCUCCCCUCUGCAUAUGCAGACGAUGUCAAUUAUGAUGCAGGUCAGUUGGACGACAACAACAAUGAAGGAGUGGUGAACCACUCGGAGUUUCCCAAGCGCGACGGCGAAGCAAACGACACCAUCUACGCUGGCAGUAACGGCGUGCUGCCAGCUACUUCCGACGAGGAUAAGGACGACAACGAGCAAUUCAAGCGGCCUCCGAUGACAAGGGCUGAUCGCCAAGGAGGCAGUAUCCCACACGAAGGUGGUGUUCAAGAAGGAGAAAUGACAGAAAACGCUGAUUAUUCCCCAGAUACGGAAGACGAGGAUGAAUUAGCAAUCGAGGGGGACGAUGAUGGGGAAGAGACGGAGCACGAAGAGUUUGACUUCCAGUACUACCUGCCUCAUCAGUACCGUCGAGUGAUACCCGGAACCAACAUCGAUUAUUAUGAUUACGUCCUUAUGGAAGAAAGGCAGGCACGUGGAGAAGUAAACGAACCUCCAAACGAUCGCAGCGGACUACUCCCAUCUGAUGAUGGAAAAGCUUUGCCAGUCGUAACGGCAAACAAUGGGGUCUUCUCAUAUUGCUAUACGACUGAGAAAGCGGACAUCUUGGAACGCUGCGCGCAGGCUGCCACUCUGGGAGACGGAGUUUACAUUCCGAUUGUGAAUAUGACAGAUUUCGGUCGUCACAAUAACGCCGAACUUGGGAACCCAGCUGUGCAGACAGUAUCUAUUCCGCCUCAACACUAUACCCUUGCAAGACAGGAUUUACCUCCUGAAUGGUUUGAAACUAUCGCUGAACUCAAGAAUCGUACCCAUCUUCGCGUCGGGGGCCUGUGGUUUGGGCCUCCAGAUUUUGAUCGAAUGAGUGCGGUUCUCCGCGAGUAUCCUGGUCUUCUGGACGGAUUUCUUGUGGACUGGGACUCUGGUGAAGGGGCCUGCAUGAGCAAGAUUAAAAGGCCACCUCGUUUCAGUAGAAAUGGGCGUCAAAACGGAUGGUGGAAUCCAAAAUCAUUUUUUAUGCGAUACUAUACUGGAGGCCAAGAUGUGGACGUCUGCCGCCUGCCUGACAGGACACCCUACACGGCCGAGCCGUUCGUCAACAACAACUUCAGAGGCAAGUGCUUCUCUGUCGAGCAAUUUGACUUCAUAGAAAAACGCGACUGGUAAUUUCAGUGCGAAGAAAUUUCGCAUUGCCGAACAUCUAUGAGCGGAGCUGGGAGUACACGACUCCCUAAAAGUCCGUAACUACGGCGCAAACAACGCCCGUCGUGAUUUAAGAAUCACUGUAGCCACGGAGCACAAGACUGUAACAUGCGAACUCAUUCUGUACGAAAUAUCUGCAUUUAAACCCGCUAAUCCACAUGACGCAAGUCACAAAGCAUAGGCAGUUGUCUCGCUGAGAGAAAACUUCUUGGUUUGUACUGAAGUACAGCACGAAGGGAAAUGCUUCCCAAUAGUGUUGGGCCUAAACACUCUUAUUUCCCAUCUCCCAUUUUGUCUGUCCGGGCACCACUUUGAAUUUUCCAAAUCCUCGACAACACUUCGUACGUAAUACCGCUUGAUCCGAACUGUGUAUUACCUCAGAGCUCACACCGCCAUCUGGAUGGGACCUAUCCUUCCCAUGUUUUGGCGGCUUUGAAGGACGUUGUUAUCGAGCCAUCACAAAGUAUGCAGAAGAUGCCUGCAACGCCCAGAAGCAGCGAUACAUCUUCGCUCCCUUUGAUAGGGCUUCCGAGAGUAUGAGAAUCCUCUUAAAUGAUACUUGCGCAGCGCUUGGUCAAGAGCUUCCACCUCACGAUUUGGUAAUGGCUAUUUAGGACGAUCUGCAUCACCAUAUGACCCACCAAGGAAAACAGUUUUCAAUACAGCGAAUCUGUGCGUACGUCAGUGAAGCGUAAGCAUGGCAGCUGUACUCCACUGCACGUGACGUUCUCGUGAUGGAAGUACUGAAUACUGGGCAGUAUUUCACACCAGCAAAUAAAACAAAAGCCAUUGCCUCAUUAAUCACAGAACCUCAAGUGAUCCAGUGAAUGACCUUCGUGACCACUCUCUGUAC